AUGGCGUACGAAACCAAGUCGUUCGACGAGAAGGAUGUCAAGUUUGAGAACUCGACCACAGACAAGAUCGAGGACGUCGCCGAGUCAGAACAUGCCCAGCGCCUCGCUGAACUCUCGAGUAUCGAGGCCACGGCUGCUUCAAAGGCUGCUUGGUUAAUCUCCAUCACUGUUUCGCUAGGAGGACUGCUUUUCGGCUAUGACACGGGAUACAUCUCCUCCGUUCUCGUCACCAUUGGCACCUCUCUCGGUCACGAACUCACCUCUUCUGAGCAGGAGCUCGUUACUUCGCUCACAUCGGGCGGCGCCCUCGUGGGAGCCGUGAUUGCUGGGUUGAUUGCAGACAAGCAUGGCCGCAAGAUGCCUAUCUUCCUCGCCUGCAUCGUCUUCGUCAUUGGCACCGUCCUGCAAACUGCCGCGUACCACCUCCCUCAAUUCGCCGUCGGUCGAUUCGUUGUUGGUCUUGGCGUUGGCGGCGCCGCCAUGGUCGUGCCCCUUUACAUUUCAGAAUUGGCUCCCGCGAAGUACAGGGGCCGCAUGAUCGCGUUCAACAACAUGUCUGUCACGUUCGGUCAAUUCCUCGCUUCUGGCAUUGGUGCUGGAUUUGCGCAAGUUGGUGGCGCGAACUCCCAGGCAUGGAGAGCCACAGUCGGCAUUGGUGCCGCACCCGCCAUCCUGCUUGCCGGUCUUCUCACCUUGUGCCCUGAGUCCCCGCGCCAGCUCGUCGCACACGGAAAGGUGGAUGAGGCCAGUGUCGUUCUCACCCGUAUCUACCCGACUUCCAACGAAGAGCAGCGCCGCGCAAAAAUUCACUCAAUCGAGAUGAGCAUCCAGGAGGCCACCCAAACAAUGGUCGAUGAUUCUUUCAUCAAGACGCUGGCCAGUAUCUUCACCAACUUUGCCACAUUCCGCGCUGUCUUCACUGCCUGCACCAUCAUGGCUAUCUCUCAGCUCAGUGGAUUCAACACACUCAUGUACUACAGCGCAACCCUCUUCAAGAUUGUUGGUUUCAACAACGCCACCGCAGUUGCCAUUACUGUCUCGGCCACCAACUUUGUUUUCUCGCUCGUCAACCUGGUCAUCGUCGACAGGUUCGGUCGUCGCAAGAUCCUUCUCGUCACCGUCUUCGGAAUGACCAUCUGUUUGGUCGUCGCUGCUGUCUCCUUCUCGUACAUUCCGAUCGAUCUCCACACCCUCGAGGUCCAGAGCGACUCGAUCGGCUGGCCAGGAAUGGUGCUCAUCGCCACCAUUAUCAUCUUCGUUGGUUUCUACAGCUCUGGAGUAGCCACAGUCGCUUGGAUUGGAACGGAAUUGAUCCCUAUGGAGGUCCGCGCUGUUGGCACCAUGUUGAACACAGUGACAUGCUGGUCGACCAACAUCAUCAUCUCCUCGACGUUCCUUACGAUGAUGAAGGGCAUCACCCCUUCCGGAGCUUUCGGCUUCUACGCCGGAAUCUGCUUUUUCGGUUGGCUGUUCGUCGUUUUCUGCUUCCCUGAAGUCAAGGGCAUGCCGCUCGAGCACAUUCGCCAGGUCUUCGAGCACGGCUUCGGUGUCCGCUACGCGAAUAGGUGGCAGAAGGAGAACAAGCAGUUUGCGAAGAUAAACGCUGCGAACCAGGGACCCGCGAUGGGUCACUAG